GGAGCAGAUACCUGUGCCAGAAGAACCACACAAGUGCUUUGCCAAGGGGCUGCCCAGGCUGUGUCCUGCUUCCGUCCUCCUUCCCCCCAGCCGGCGAGGAAGCAGAUCUGUACAGAGCCCUAUGUGGCCACUGCCCCGGGCCUCAGUUUCCCCAUCUGCUAACUCAGUCAAUGGUACCUGCUGUCCAGACCCAGAGGACGCGGCGCGGAGGUCGCGGGUAGGAAGGGUCCCGCGCUUGGCGGCGUGGUCAGUGCGCAGCCCCAGCGCCCGCCCCGCGCACAGCCGGAGCCCGAGCCCGAGCCCGAGCCCGCGCCCCAGGAAGAUCGCAGCCGGGACCGAAGCGAGCCCAGCGCCGCGGCCAGGGGCCAUGCUGCUUCUUCUGUUUGGCCUACUGGCCCCGGCUACCUGCUGGGCCCUGGGCCCGGCCCCGGGGCCUGACUCCACGGGGCUGCGCUCGGCCUUCUCCGCGGUGCGCACCACCCCGCUGGAGGGCACCUCUGAGAUGGCGGUCACCUUUGACAAGGUACUGGUGAACAUCGGCAGCGACUUCGACGCGGCCACAGGGCACUUCCGCUGCCGCGUGCCAGGCGCCUACUUCUUCUCCUUCACCGCGGGCAAAGCCCCGCACAAGAGCCUGUCGGUGAUGCUGGUGCGCAACCGCGACGAGGUGCAGGCGCUGGCCUUCGACGAGCAGCGGCGGCCCGGCACGCGGCGCGCCGCCAGCCAGAGCGCCAUGUUGCAGCUUGACUACGGCGACACGGUGUGGCUGCGACUGCACGGCGCCCCGCAGUACGCGCUGGGCUCUCCGGGCGCCACCUUCAGCGGCUACCUGGUGUACGCCGACGCCGACGCGCCUGCGCCCGCGCCCGGGCCUGCGCCCUCCCAGCCACGCUCGGCCUUCUCGGCAGCGCGCACUCGCAGCCUGGUGGGCGCGGACGCGGGCCCCGGGCCUCGGCACCGGCCUCUCGCCUUCGACACCGAGCUCGUCAACAUCGGCGGCGACUUCGACGCGGCGGCCGGCGUGUUCCGCUGCCGCCUGCCCGGCGCCUACUUCUUCUCCUUCACGCUGGGCAAGAUGCCGCGCAAGACGCUGUCGGUAAAGCUGAUGAAGAACCGCGACGAGGUGCAGGCCAUGAUCUACGACGAUGGCGCGUCGCGUCGCCGCGAGAUGCAGAGCCAGAGCGUGAUGCUGUCCUUGCGGCGCGGCGACGCCGUGUGGCUGCUGAGCCACGACCACGACGGCUACGGCGCCUACAGCAACCAUGGCAAGUACAUCACCUUCUCUGGCUUCCUGGUGUACCCCGACCUCACUCCAGACGGCGAUCCGGAGCUCUGAGGCUGGGCAAAAAGGGGCCAGGGGACAGGAUCACGGGCGGAUGCGGGGCGCAUGCGAGCCGGGCCGCCCGGACACCCCCGCACUGGACUCUGCCAAUAAAGUGCACCUGUGCCGUAUCCA